AUGGUUACUAUUGCCAUUCUCCGACCGGCACGCGCUGCGACUGCGUCGCAGUGGAAUGCGCGCUCCUCCUUCAAGGCCGCCGCCGCCUUUGCUUCGCGCCGCUCCUUCUCCUCCUACCUCGUCACCCCCAAGGAGCUCAACGAGGCCCUCAAGAAGAACCCUCCCUCCAAGAUUAGCCCCGAGCCGCGCACCGUCCCCGUGUGCGCCUCCUGGUUCCUCCCCAAUGAUGGUCGCACCGGCAUCGAGGUGUUCCGCCAACAGCGGAUCCCCAAGGCCCGUUUCUUCGACCUUGACAAGGUCAUCGACCGUCACAGCGAGUACCCGCAUAUGCUGCCCUCGCCCAAGGACUUCGCCGCGGCUAUGAGCGAGCUGGGCAUCCGCAAGGAGGACACUGUCGUCGUCUACGACACCAAGGAGCUGGGCAUCUUCAGCGCACCGCGCGUCGGCUGGACCCUCAAGAUUUUUGGUCACCCCAAGGUUCACGUCCUCAACAACUUCAAGCUCUGGGUCGAGGAGGGCCUGCCCACCGAGUCUGGCGAGCUCUACAACGUCGAGUGCUAUACCUACCCGAUCCCCAAGAUGGACGAGAGCAAGGUUGUCGACUUUGAGGAGGUGCGCGAGAUUGCGCUGGACCACAACAAGGAGGGCGCCGAGGGCGUGCAGAUCAUCGAUGCGCGGUCGCCCGGCCGCUUCACCGGCAAGGACCCGGAGCCCAGACCCGGUCUGUCCUCGGGCCACAUGCCGGGCUCCAUCAACAUCCCCUUCAACGCCGUCUUGGACCCCGAGACCAAGGCCUUCUACCCCGCCGAGAAGCUGAGGCAGAUCUUCCAGGAGAAGGGCGUCGACCCUGAGAAACCCAUCAUCUCGAGCUGCGGAACCGGCGUGACUGCCUGUGUCAUCGAGACCGCUCUCGAGGAGGCUGGAUGGGGCUCUCCUGAGAAGCGCAGAGUCUACGAUGGAAGCUGGACCGAAUGGGCGCAGCGGGUCAAGCCCUCCGACUCGCUCAUCAGAAAGGACGAGUAA